UUGACACUUAUUCUCGAUAUAUGCAGUGGCUUUUGUGUUAACAGACUUUAAACGACAAUACACGGUACCAUUAUUUAAACUACUUCUAGUGGGGGAACCAACGUCUGACGCUUGACUACUGCAGAAUAACACUGAAAACGAAUUCAAGGUCCGUGAUUUGGGAAAGCGUUUUCGUCAUGCUCCGAAACCUGAGUUACUGACAAUAACUUCAAGGUCUGGCUGUCUGAUCUGAAGGCCUUAUUUUCUGACUCCACAUUCAACAAAUACAAUCCCCUUGCGCAAGAUGCCAUAUACCAGCUCGACAAGCUGGAGAGAGACGAACAUGUGAUUUGACGUUCAGACAUCGGAGCAGCACGUGACCUUAAAGGACAGCGCAAGCAAUAAUGGCUGAACAACAACGUGCGUUAGAGAGAGAAACUGGGGAUUUCGUGCUUGAAAGAGAAACUGAAGGUAACAUCGACCAUAUACGAGAUGUUGGAAGGACAGCUAUAGAUGACAUCGAAAGUUCGAAAUCAGCAUUAGAGAGAAAAGCGUCGGAUCUUGGUGACGUCCUCGAGUACGAGACAGAUGUAGGCGCCCGUGCUAUACAACAUGCUGAAGACAAAGUUAUUCAGAACAUAAAAGGGUUGAGUGAGCAUAAACAGACACCAUCUAAAUCAGACCUGAAGAAAUAUCUCAUCGGGUAUCACAGCAGGAACAACUGCUCGCUACCGCCUGGUCCUUGCCUAGAUCUGGAAGAUUCAGGACUUUUGGACCUCUAUGUUCGGCCAAACAUUAGUAGGGUUGAUCUUCAGUCAAUUUAUAGAGACAAGACAUCAAUAGAACACACUACAGAACCUCUCACGAAUUUGGAGCAGUUGUUCAGUUCGAAAGGUAUCAUAUUUCUCACCGCAGACGCUGGUGUUGGAAAGACAUCAUUUUGUAAGUUUUUAGUUUUAUCGUGGUGUAAGGUACAAGAGGGAACGACCAAUCUGAAAUCGAAGGUUAGUGGCACUCAAACUGUUCUAAGCGAUAUUGAGUAUUUGAAAGAGUUCUCAUAUUUGUUUUACAUCAAUUUACGUGAAAACCAAGGCGAUACAUUAGAAAAUAUCGUUUUCCUCGCAUACGGAAUCUGUGUAUUCAAAGUUAUCGAAAGAUUAUAA